AUGACGACCUACCUUGCCUGCAUCAAGAGGGUCAAGGGAGUCAACGAAGAUGAAUGUCGGUCGCUGGCAAAGGCAUAUCUCGCAUGCCGCAUGGAACACAACUUGAUGGCCAAGGAUGACUUCAAAAACCUAGGCUUCAAAGAAAAAGAACCGGCAAGCACGCCCAAGCCGGCUGCUGAGCCUGAAAAGGGCGUGAAGGGAGAGUUGCAGUGGUGA